AAAAUGUUCCCGAUGUUGGGAGUGUCCAGAACCAGGGGUCAUAGUUUAAGAAUAAGGGGUAGGCAAUUUAGGACUGAGAUGAGAAAAAGUUGUGAAAGAGAGAGUUGUGAAUCUGUGGAAUUCUCUGCCACAGAAGACAGAGGAGGCCAAUUCACUGGAUAUAUUCAAGAGAGAGUUAGAUAUAGCCUUUAGGUCUAACGUAAUCAAGGGAAAUGGGGAGAAAGCAGGAGUGGGGUAAUGAGUUUGGAUUAUCAGCCACGAUCAUAUUAAAUGGCCGUGCUGGCUCGAAGGGCCAAAUGGCCUACUCCUGCAUCUAUUUUUCUAUGUUUCUAUUUAAUUGAAUUAAUGAUGAACAAAAGCAAUUUGCAGGAGACCAAAGUAUAUUAAUUAUUAUGUUUUUAUGUUUCUAUGGCCCAAGUGUGCUGAAUGGCCUUAUUCUGUGUCACAAUAAAACGUAUCAUCACCCAGCAAAGGUCCAUCAGUUAUUAUUGUGGCACUCACAGUUCUUAGGGGGAAUAGUCCUGCUCACUACUGUCCUGUGUGUGAACACUUCCCCAAAAUGCCUGACUUUCACAGAGGAUUAUACUCCUUUCUCUUGCCUUCAAAUCAUCAACUCAAUUCAUUUUCUUCAGCACAUUCUGUAAUUCACUUCUUAUCUAUCUGCACAUGGGAUGCUGUCGUCAAGAGAUACAGCAGAGAAGCUGGCCAUUUGGCCCACCACGUUCUUGCCAACUCCCAUUUACACAAAUCCCGUCUCAUUCUCCCUUAUUCCCAUCAACUCAGAUCCUACACCUCUCACAUUUACAAAUGACAUUUUUCACUGGCAAAUUAACCCACCAAGAGAUAUGUCCUUGGGAUGUGGGAGGAAACUGGAGCACCCACAAGGUCACAGGGAGACUGUGCAAACUCCACACAGACAACACCCGAGGUUGGGAUUGGGGUUCUGGGUCCAUGAGAUGGUGGCUUUGCUAGGUAUGUCACAGGUGUGCACCAGUAAACAGUCCCUGACUGAUGCUUUCUUCUCCUGCGACUGGCAUGAUGUAAUUUCUAUUAGUGCCACAUGGAAUGGAUUGAUGUGGUUUUGUGGGAAAGACACGCAGAAAAAUAGACUCUGUGAUUUGCACACUCACCACAGGUGACUCUCAUAUGGCCAUGGACCUGUUUACUAAUUGUGUAUUUUUCUUAUGAAUGUCUUGUUUUUUGAUGCAGUCUUUUACUUUAUACUGUCUUGUCAAAGUUUUGUGUGACAUGUAUAAUUUUUGUUUUUGUGUGUUUUCUGAGUGUGUGCCUGUGAAGCUUCUGCAAGCAAGAUUUUCAUCGUAUCUGAAACUCACCACACCGCCUGAUCCAUUCUUUAUGACUUUAUCAACAUUUUAAAUGCAAUGAAAAAUGUUCAACAUCACUUUUGUUUUAAUGAGGAAACUAAAGAGGGCUGUACUUCACCUCGUCUUCACCUACUGUGCUGGACCAUGCAGGCAUCAGGCGGUGUAUAGUAGCUCUAAUUCAAAGGCUGCACACUUUCCAAGCAUGGUUGUAAGUCCGAGUUGCUUCUCACAGGCCGGUCCGCAAGCCAGGCUGAAGCCCAGGUUGCAGAGGUGGCGAGGGAGCGCUGCAUCAUACGAGAUGCCCCUCUUCCAUGGAGAGCCUGAGUUGAGGUGCUGUUUUGGCCUCCUGGGGAACACAUCCACGUUGUGACUUUAAAGGUGAGCCAAGCCCCCGACCAACAGUCAUUGUUCAAACAGUCAAUGCCCAAAUGGAUCCUAACCUUAUUGUUAUUUGUGGAAUCUUGCUUUGCAUUGAUUAGUGUCUGCAGUUGGAGCAAUGACCUCUUCUGCUUCUUCUCUUCCCUUGAGAUUGAGGAUGAUUCGCCUCUGUGGGUUUGAAGAUGGCUGACAAGACUCGUAGAUACUGUCCCACGGUAGCGAAUGGGCGGUUAGUGUACAAGGUGGUGCACCUCUUCAGCAUGCUGCUGACACACGGACCCAGGGUUUCUCACCGCCAUCUCGAACUCUGCUUCUCCUCUUAGAGCCCACCUGGACCUGGGAUUCCCGGGAAGCAGCCAGUAUGUUGCAUUUACCCAAGGAGGAUUUGAGCAUGUCCUUGAAUCUUUUCCGCUAUCUGCCCGUAAUCUCCUCUCAUGACAGAGCUCAGAGGAGCGUCUGUUUCGAGCGUCUGGUGCUGGACAUGUGGUGUAUCUUGGCCUGUCUGAUGGAGCCAACUGAACAUAACCAGGGCCUCAAUGCUGGGGAAGCCAUUCGCAGUGCGGAUACUGAGGGUGGUUCACUUCAUCCCGCCACUAGACCCUGAGGAUUUUCAUAUUGAGUUAAAUCAACGACAUGAAAAUCCUCUGAAUCCACAGGCAUGAUAAGUGAAAUGAUUUUGCAGAAAUUAUUUUGCAGAGACCUUGGCGAUAUCUCUCUAGUGCUUUAAGGAGCUACUAAAGGGGAUCAAGGUCUCAGAAGGGAUGAAGAUGAACAUUGCUGCCCAGUAAACCAGGAGCUUGAGCAUACAGUAACGUAAGGUUUUCUUUCUUAAUCUGCUUCAGACUGUGUUACGCAGCAUUUAAUCUGCUGUCAGCUGUAACGUGCCCUAACGUUACGUGGUAUUGAUAUUCUCGGAAGAGACACGCGCUAAGCUCAAUACCAACUUGUUUUUUCUGUAAAGCCUGUCAGAAUAAAUGUUGUAUUCAUGGAGUUUCCCUGGGGCACUGCAAUGAAACAACUAUUGAAUUAGUGACGCAGAAUCUGACAUGUUGGGGCAGCUGUUGUCAGUUUUCAGUACAACUGAACUGUUAAGUGAAAACCUUACACGAGCUCUGAUGACCAAAUGAGUUUUAAGAAACUUGAACAGUCAGAAUGCCAGAGAGGCAUCGGCAAUGUUGAAGGGACCGCCCAUUCUAGUGAAGGUUGGAGGAGGUGUGCACUAGUGUUUUGCUGUCCUCUGGCCUGUGCUUGUGAUGCACCCUGGGAAUCGUAGUCCAGUGUGAGCUGCUGUUAAUGAGGCCCAGGCGGAUGGCAGACUCCGAGUCCCAGCCUGCAUUGAUGAGGGGAAGGGAUUGUGGGUCGAUGGGUUCUGGUUAGAGCCAAUGUUUUUUGCCAAGCUGGAGGCGGGGACAAACCCUGCUUAUAUUGAGCUCCACUCUCAAGGAGUUCUGCAGACAGCACAGAGUACACAGCCAAGCACUGAAGAGCUGUGUUUGCUUGGUGCCGGCUGUGCAGCAACGUGGAAGAAGCACAGUCUUCACAAGGGCACUCUAGCCUGGAGGACCGUCGCCUCUGAGAACGAGCGUUUGCCCAAAGGCUGUCCCGGCUGAUCCUCCAGCUGGUGACGGUGCUGUGGCAGCAGAGCACCUUUGCCCCCUGCUCUGGCCGAUAGAUAGCAAGAGGGAGCGAAGGUGCAUGAGCCUGACUGGAGAGAGAGGAAAUCCAGGCAAAGGAGAUUUGAACAGCAUGGAUCCUGAGGUGCCGGAGAAGCCGGAGGAGCGGGACGAUUGCUGGAAAUUCUCCGUCUUGUACCUGUGCUUCUAUGGGUUCAUGGCUCAGGUUAAGCCAGCGGAGAGUUUCAUCACUCCUUACCUCCUGGGACCAGAUAAGAACUUCACCAGGGAGCAGGUCACCAACGAGAUAACGCCGGUGCUGUCGUACUCCUACAUGUCGGUGCUGGUGCCCAUCUUCUUGAUGACAGACUACCUGCGCUACAAGCCGGUGCUCAUCCUGCAGAGUGUCAGCCAUGUGGCCAUCUGUCUGCUGCUGCUCUUCGGAACCACCGUGCUGCAGAUGCAGUUCAUGGAGUUCUUCUAUGGGAUCACCAUGGCGGCCCGCAUUGCCUACUCCUCCUACAUCUUCACCUUGGUCACGCCCAAGUCGUACCAGAAGGUCGCCAGCUACUCGCGCUCCUCUGUCCUCCUGGGCGUUUUUGUCAGCUCGGUGCUGGGCCAGCUCUUCGUCUCGCUGGGGGACAUGGCCUUCUGCACCUUGAACUACAUCUCCCUGGGGUUUGUGACCUUCGCCUUCACCCUCACCCUCUUCCUCAAGAGGCCCAAACGGACCAUGUUCUUCAACAGGAGGGCCCUGGAGGCCAACGGAGCAGCCAUGUAUGAGGUGGAUGCCAUGCAGCCGACCUCUAUCACGCUGGUUAGCCAGAAGCCCAAGGCCCCUCGGAGAUGGGACUGGCGGCAGACGGCUCUGGUGAAAAUGAUGGUGGAGCUCAAAAAUACCGUCCGAUCUCCACGGUUGAAGUUGUGGUCCCUCUGGUGGGUUUUUAACUCUACUGGCUAUUACUUGGUGGUCUACUAUGUACAGAUCCUCUGGGACAACCUCUCGCCAUCCAGAGAAAACAGGGGCAUCUACAAUGGAGGUGUGGAUGCAGUUGCAACACUACUUGGUGCCAUUGCAUCUUUCUCCGCCGGGCACGUAACUCUGCGCUGGUCGCUGUAUGCGGAGCUGGUGAUCUUCAUCAUCACAGCGUUGCAAGCCGGGCUCCUCUUCCUCAUGAACACCACCAGCAACAUUUGGAUCUGUUACAUGGGCUUUGUCCUGUUCCGAAGCAGCCACCAGCUCCUGGUUCCCAUUGCAAUUUUUCAGAUUGCUGCAUCAUUGAGCAAAGAGCUCUGUGCUCUGGUGUUCGGUCUCAACACAUUUCUGGCCACCAUCUUAAAAACCAUCAUCACCCUCAUCAUUGCGGACAAGCGGGGGCUGGGACUACACGUAAACAACCAGUUCUUCUUUUACAUCGGCUACUUCUCGCUGCUCGCAGUCAUCUACCUUGUGAGGGGACUCUACGUUUUUGGCUCCUACUACCGGGAGAAAAAAGCCCUACAGAAGGCGGAGGCGGAGGCGGCUGAGGAUCCAGCGACGGAGCUCAAUCAGACAGAGGAUCACACGGCAGCGACACCCCCAAAGGCAUGAAGUGGAGUUGGCCAUCGUGGGUUGGUGGUGGUGGGGUGGGAUGGGAACAAUUUCUUGUGCCUUAAAGUAAUAUCAUGGCAGGGGCAACAAAGCAAGAGUUUCUAUUGGGAGGGGCGGAGUGUUUCUUUACUAGAACAAGAGAGAACAAUUGUGUACGACAACACGGCAGCUUGGUCACAUUCCCAUUUUGAAUGUUUGAACAUCGAGAGCGCACAGGAAGAUCCCAAGAGACCGACUUACUCCACACAGAAACACGAUCAGUGCAGAGACGUCGCCGAUCGCUGAGGCAAUGGGGUCUGUGCGGAGGGGAGUGUGUGGCAGAGAAACGUUUCACAAGGGCCUUCAGCUUCUGCCCUGCACGCCCCACCCCCAAUCAACCAAUCUACCGACCGACCGACCGACCGACCUACGCCUGGUUUGCCAAGUCAUUGUUCGGAUCUGAACAGGACAGCCCGUCCCUGGCUUCUUGCCACUGACAAUAUGCAAGCCAAGAGCGCAAUGAAACAUUAAGUGAGUAUGGAAGUGCAAUGAAACGGAGGCAGGGAACACAAUGAGUUUGAUUACAAUUAAUCUGAAAAAACUCUUGCCUCUCGAUGUGAAGAUCUGCCGAUUACUGCGGCUACUUCACUUACGAAGGGCAAUAAUUUCAAGCUGAUGCACUUUAAUAUGUAAAAGAAAGGUUAAUCUUUGUGCCGUUAAUCCUAGCAGUCCUCUCCAUGUGCGUCCUCCUCUUCUUGAGCUGACUGUGUCCAGUUUUCCCUCCUAACCCUGGCUGGUAAAGGGGUGCUGGGCGUGACUGACCACAGACAAAGAGCAGGAGAUCUCCAGCUGAAUUCGGGCAGAUCAGUCUGAUCCAAGUGCUCUUCCUCCCCCAACUUCUAAGGUGCUGUGUGUGUGUGUGUGUGUGUGUGCGUGCACACGUGUGUGUGUGUGUGUUUUUUUAGCACAGAACCAUCCUAAAAGCUCAGAUUUACUUGUUCUGCAAAAAGGUGAAGUCAGUCCAAUUCCCCAGCUGGCAAUCUCGCCAGCGAGAAACAGAAAGAAUAAAACAUAGCACAUGAUCCACUUUCAAGCUCAAUUUGGAGUGAAGACCAAGUUGUUUGCAUAGUAGCUUGUUCUAAUCAUAAUACCGUGGCUACUGUUAAAACAUCACUCCAGCUUGGUGAGUAAGAUGCCGAUGAAGUUUGAUUAGCUAUUGUUCAUGAACAGAGUAUUAUAAUAUCGUAUCUGCACUUUUGAAAUGAAUCCAUUUCCAUCAGCACUUUUGAACUUCAGACACCUCUCAUCCAUGAUUUUCCGGAUGGUAUGCCAGCCAGCAAAUUAUUGUAACUUAAUGAAACAAACACAGCAGUGAAGGAAUGUUGAAAAUGAGAUUUGGGUUAGAGACAGGCAGGAGACAUUUGGAUUUUUUUUAAGAAAAAACUUAAAGCAAAUAAUAUUUUUCAUAAUCUAAAUUUCAUGUUGCCUGUACGUUUGCAAUUUUCUCCGCAUAUUUUUAAUUAUAGUUCUGAGAUCUCGUCAGUCUGAGCUGGGCCUUAGUGAGCCAUUGGUGUGGAUAUCCCUCACUGACUGGAAGCUCAGGAGAAGAUCAGAAUCAGAAUCAGAAUCAGAAUGCUUUAUUAUCAUUGCAUGUGUCACAUACAACGAGAUUACUGUGUCUCUCCAUUUAAAAGAACUUCAAACAUUCACAUACUCAUACUUUUUACAGAUCCACAGUCAUUCAGGGAUAACCUUCUUGAGUCAGGGUGUAAGUGUGGCCUAAAGCACAAAUACAUUUCCCCAUUAUCUUAUUCCCAACUCUGGUUGGACAUUUCCUUGGACGUUUUAUCCCACGAGCUUUUGCCAGGGAAGGGAUUGUGUUAUAGAGCCUUCAGUCAGUUGUUAUCACCAUUUACAUACUCUUCUGGUUGGUGUUCUGAUCCUAGUGUAGUCACACUGCUUACUGCUUGUCCACUUGUAAUUCCAUGCAGAGCGGGUUGGCCAUCUGUAGUUGGGCAGGAAAGGUCGUUUUCAUUCACUUGUGGGACCUGAGUGAUUCUUGACCUGCAACCCCUCACGUCCUUAAUCCCUGUGACAAGCCUGGCCAUUUCAUAGGCUUUUCGAUUUCUUCCACCUCAUUAAACCAGUGGUAUUUUCUUUUGUGUGACAAUCCAGAAGUUCCUUGUUAGUGGUUCCAACUAAUUUAAAAAGAGUUUUAGCUUUUGCAGCCCCUGCCGUGGGAUUCAAACCCGUCGCCUCCCUCGGCCUGGGAACCAAUUUUGACCCACUCUCCUUUUCAAUCUCCUGUGCCUGGGGGUGCAGUGAAGCCUGCAGUCAGCAAAAACAAAAUCUUCCCCUGCUCACAAGGGUUUGUGAAGUUACCCUGGGCAGAGUGUUUUGAUUAGAAGUGAAGGAGUGAACCAUGUUCUUUAUUUAAUUCAAAGGCAGGCUCGAGGAAACCACGUGGCCUGAGCCUGUUUUUGUAAUGGGCACAGAUUUUAUUUUGGAACAAGGUUAACGUGUAGGAGUUGGUGGAUUAAGGGCAGCGACCUGCUGAGGUCUUGAGGUUUCUCUGUGGGCGUUUGGGAGCUAUGGCAUCACUGCUCAGGAUAAACACUGCUUUCCAAGCCAAUGCCUCCUGGCAUAUUUAUGCCACAGAAACAUGUUGUAAACAAGAGCCCAAUAGGCAUUGAGCACUAAACCCGUGAACAUCUGGUUUGCUUCAUGCCAUUGCCAAUAAUCACUUGUCUCCUGUCUCUCCCAAUACUGCCCUCUCCUGUAGAUCCCAGGUGGAGUGUAAUUCCAGACAGCCAGGAUAGGAAAAUAUCUCUUAAGUCACAACAACACAAGAUAUCAAGAGCAGGAGUUGACCACCAGACUCCUGAAACCUGCCCUGCAAGUCAAUGUGAUCAUGGCUGAUCGAUGCUGACCUCAAAUUAUUUUCUGGGCCAGUCCACGUAACCCUCAAUCCCCAGAACUGUCAAAUAUUUAUUUACUGCCACUUCAAAUAUUUCCAAUGACCCAGCCUCCACCACCCGCAGCAGACAUUUCCAAACUCCCCCCCUAAAAGAAAACAAAAACGCUUUUAAAUUGACAUCAUGUUCUGCACAAACAUUGUGGACCAAAGGGCCUGUUCCUGUGCUGUACUAUUCUAUAUUCUAGAUGAUCAGCCCCGUAUCUUGAAACUGUGUCCCCUUGUUUGGGACUCUCCCACGAAUGAAAAUAUCUUGACAUUUACUCUGUCAUAUAUUUCAAUCAGAACACCCCUUCAUUCUUUUACCUCCUAACCUAUUUAGCUCCUCCGUGUCCGCAAAGAAGAUCAUCCUUAUCUCAGUUCCAGCAUGCUGGCCUAUGACUUAGAAGGUUGUGAAUUCAAGGUUCUUCCCUUCAUUUAAACAAACAGAACUAGAGAAGCUCUUCCAUUGUGCUGCGUGACAGUGGCGUAGUUAGUUGGAUUCAAUCCCUACUGUGGACGAUGUCUGCAUGGGGUUUCCUUGCUUUCCCUUUGACUCCAUGUAUUUCCUUUGGGUGCUCCAGUUUCUUCACACACAGAGUGAUGAAUCUCUGGAAUUCUCUGCCACAGAAGGUAGUUGAGGCCAGUUCAUUGGCUAUAUUUAAGAGGGAGUUAGAUGUGGCCCUUGUGGCUAAAGGGAUCAGGGGGUGUGGAGAGAAGGCAGGUACAGGAUACUGAGUUGGAUGAUCAGCCAUGAUCAUAUUGAAUGACGGUGCAGGCUCAAAGGGUCGAAUGGCCUACUCCUGCACCUAAUUUCUAUGUUUCUAUGUUUCACACUUCCCAAAGAUGAGCAGGUUGGUGGGAGUUGAUGGGAAUGUGCAGAGAAUGAAUUGGGAGAUUAAUGCAGGAUUGGCAUAGGCUUGAUGGGCUGAUGGGCCUAUUUCCAUGCUCUUGGACAAGUGGCCCCAGCUGAAGUCCUUAGGGGAGCCCAUUGCUCUCUCACAUAAACGAUUCAAGGAUUCUUCUUCGAAGAUCACCAUUAUUAAUAUUGUCCAUAACACCGUUUGUCCACCUUAGGUCAAUAUACAGGAUCCUUUACAUCCACCUGAGGUGAAUGAUGACACUUUAAUAUAAAUAGUCACCCAACAGACCAGACCUCAUCAGUAUCUCAGCAUGGUGCUGCUGUCAGAGCCUAGACUGCCCUGGUGAUGGGCUCUGAACCAACAUCUUCACACUCAGAGGCAAAAAUUACCUUUAAUGCUGUCAAAGUUUGCACUCGUAUCUUGCAGUAAUCAGCUCUGUUUUUUAACGGUACAGAAAUUCAAAGCACUCCAGACCUCAAAGGACAUAAACCAACACUACAAAUGAUUGCAGCUCAGUGCUGUAUGUAUGCAGGGAUAGAUAAUAUAACUUUCUGUAUGUAUUAAUCGUGUGAGUUGUACAAUGGAAUGGCAAGAUAAGCCAACAUUUUGCCAGCAUUCCAGGGCCAGUCCCGUGCAAGACAUAGUAACAGGAAGCAGGGCUUGCACUGGGCAGGACUGAGGUCAAGAGCACAGAUAGGUUUAAAGAAUGUGGGAGACAGAAAAAGUACGGGAUAGAAGCAUAAAUGACACUUGAAUAGCAAGGCUUUAUGUUGCGAACUUGGUGCAAUAUAUACAAUUCUCCAGCAUGUGCAGCCACUGCUUGCUAAUUUCUUUAAUUUGUCUCUCCUUCAGUAAACAAUAAUAUAGCUAUGCAAAUCAGCAACUUGCUGGCCUGCAUUGGUUUCACCAGGCUGGGUAAAUCAACGCUUCCGGAUAGUCAGUGGUGAUGGAGUGACAGUUCUGUUUCAGAGUUACUGGUCGUGGAUUUAUUCGGACACAGUCUUCUUCAUCGGAAGAUCCUCGUUGAUUCUAGUCUGUGUUCUGAGUUGGCUGAUGAGGCCAAUGUAGGAACUGCAGACUCUUCCCAGAGGGGCAGUGGGUGGGUAGCUUGCGGAUGGUGCGUCUCUUCCGUCCGUCCGUCCGCCCGUCGCCUACAUUGGGCACUCCCGCUGCAAGACCUCGAGGUUCUCAAUAUCAUCCCGAAUGAUCCUCCUCCACUUUGAGUGAUCCUAUGCCAGGGAUUUUCAGGAGUCAUAGCGGCAUUUAUUCAACGUGGCUUUGAGAGCUUCCUUAAAUCAAUCCGUCUGUCCAGCUGACAAUCUCCUCGGACUUGAGUGUCUGCUUCAGGAGAUUAGCGUUAUGCUUGCAAAUGUCACAGUCUUCACAAUGGAGAUAGCUGAGUGUAACUAGGUCUCAGCAUCAGGGGACUGGGCCAGGGAUGGGACGUUUAUGUUGGUUCACUUAAACUGCCCGUGGAUUUGGAGGAUGUUGUAGAAACAUUGGUGGUAUCUUUUCAGUGCCUUGAGUUGUCUGUUGAAGAUAGCCCAGGUCUCAGCAGCAUAUAGUGGGCAGGGAUCACUGCCAUCUGAUAGACGUUGGCUGAGCUUGGCUCAGGUCUAACCCCCUGUUUAACACUGACUAUUGUAUCAUUUGUUGCUUGUAAAGUCAAUGGUAGUGGCAAAGUUAUCCCUAGAAGUCAUUCUGUUACCUGAUCACUCUCACAAUCACCUUUUUUAUGGCGUAGUCACAGCCCGUUUCACGAUACAGCAAAUUGCCUUUGCGCUAGGCAGUGUCCGAUGAUUGCCUCCCAUCUGUCUUCCCACCACAGCUCUACGGGUAAAUGCAUUUCAUCUUAAAGCUCGGUUUUAUAAGUUAGAAAUAAACGUAAAACACAAUGCAAUUUUUACCUGCAGUAUUGUGUAAAUAAACUUCUUUGCAAUUGUAUCAAAAUAAAUCUGUAACACAUUAAGCUAAAAUAUGUUGCGGGAUUACUGGAAUUUUUGCAUCUGACUGCACAGUCCGACACUUGCACUGUUCCCGAUUCUUCCUGCAUUGUAUUAUGUUGUAUUAUGUGCGCACAACAAUUGUUUUAUGUGUUGGGAUUAUGAAGUAUCUGUACCUCAUUAGCCAAUGCCCUGGAAUUGUCUUGGACUGUUUUCCUCCCUGUCCUUCCCCAUUCUUACACCAGUUCCAAAUGUCCUUCCCAAAUCCAGAAUCUUCCAGAACCUUCCAAAGCCCUUUGCGGCCAAUGAGGUUCUUCUUUAGUUUAGUUUAGUUUAGUUUUUAGUUUAGUCUGAAGUGUAACAUUGUUUAAAGAAGGAACACAGGCAGCAAGACGUUAACAAGCAGCAUUGUGCUAAAAGCCAGCUCAUUGGUGUUGGUGAAAUUGGCUGAGCAAUAAUUAUUGACCAGGGCUUCAGGGAGAAGACCCCUGCGUUUCUCAGAUAUAGGACCUCCAGUACAUCCACAUCUUAUGUGAAACACAGCGCCCCUGGCAGUGCAGUGCUCCUGCAGAACUGCAGUGGCAGACUUGACCUAUGUCGGAAGGAACUGCAGAUGCUAGUUUACACCCGAGAUAGACACAAAAUGCAGGAGUAACUCAGUGGGUCAGACAGCAUCUCUGGAGCAUUUCCAGUCACUCCAGUAUUUUGUGUCUAGCCUUGACCUUCUGCUUCCUUCUCUGGAGUUGUAGCCACUUAACUUGGCAAACAGAUUUAACAACUGUGGCACGGCUGACCUCUAAGUAAAUGGUCAGCUACCUCAUGAGAACGUGGCAGUCAAUAACUGCCAUUUUAUUCCAGACCAGCACAAUUGGAAAGACCCCACCUUCCUUGUGUCACAUGCUGCAUAACGCUAUCCGGUAAAAAAUGUUGCACUUUUCAUUGGCUAAUGAGAAAAACCGUACAAGGACGCGGUAAAGAGGUUGCGUGAGAGUGUUGUGCAAACACUGUCUGUGGAAUGGAACCUCCCGCCUGCUUACAGCAUUAUAGAAGUUGCCCAAGUCUCAACAUAUCCAAUGAUACCAGAGGCUAGUUUAAGCAGUAUUAUUUUUUACGUGUGCAAUUAUUGUAACUUAAACCAAUCCACAAUUUUUAAGCGUUUAAGAUUUUUAAGCUUUAUUGCUGAUUAUUUUUUCUCUAUAUGCAAUAGUAUAUUUUGCAUUGUAAUUAUUGAUUUAUUAAUAAACAAAGUAUGGAA